AUCACCAGCAGCCCAGCACCACUAACUUUUACUACCAUCACCACACCAACGCUACUAUCGUACAUCAUCAACUCAACCAAAGCAUCCGGACGGACAGAUGGAGGAAGGACUUACGUACAGGAAUCAAAACAGCAUGACAGCCAAUGCAUCACUGCCACAGAACGACACUAUCAUGGCAGACGACAGCAGCAACUAUAACAACAACAACACUGAAGUAAGGAGAACGUCACAACAAUACAACGCUGGUUACACGAAAGGAAAUUCUUGCGAGACAUAUUCUUGCAAUGUGGCGGUGUGUCGCAAAAAUGGUAACACAACACAAUGUUACUGUACCCAAGAUCUUCAAUGGUUAAAUGAUACAUCACCAUGUCAAAUGUCUGCUUUAGAACAUGUCCCAGGAUCUAGCAAGGAUGCUAUAACUGCUAAACAAUUAAUCGAACUCAUCAGAAGUGACAGCGACAAUUUAAUCGGGAAAAGCAAUCCUCCGGCGAAACAUCCUCUCUACUACACUUUACAAAUUACGAUUCCUGUCGUUAUUCUUGGACUAAUUAUCAUUCUCUGUCUGCUACUGCUUCUACGAAAGUACCACCGGAAACACUAUAAAGUAUCCCACAAAAGCGUUCUGAAAUCUGCAGACAGUAUGCAGUUAUUUGAUCGUUUGAACGUCAUCAAUAAAAAUCCUAAUUACCUUAGUUCUUGUAGCGAGAGUUUGCCUAACAAGAAAUUCUUUACAAAGGAAAUUCCAUUGAAUUCUGUGAAAUUACUGGAAUUGGUUGGCGAAGGUGCUUUCGGGCAAGUCUUCAGAGGUGAGAUGUUCACCAACGAGGACCAACCCCCGACGACGGUUGCGGUCAAAGUACUCAAAAACGAUGUCUCGAACAAAGUAAAAGAAGAUUUCGAACGAGAGGUGGAGAUUACGAGUUCGUUCGACCACGACAACAUUUUAAAGUUGCUGGGAAUUAUCAUACACGACAUUCGUGAAACGCCGUACAUGGUAUUUGAGUAUAUGACUCAUGGUGAUUUAGCUCAGGUACUGCGAAAGAAUGACCCUCAUGUGAAGAUCGGUGAGACAUCCGUGAAACUAACAAAAGUGGAACUGAUUGAUAUCGCUACUCAGAUUGCUUGUGGGAUGAACUAUCUAUCUUCACAGCAUUUCGUCCAUCGAGAUUUGGCCACGCGGAACUGUCUUGUGGGCGACAGCCUCACUGUGAAGAUAUCCGAUUUCGGUCUGUCAAGGGAUAUUUAUACGUGUGACUACUAUCGGAUUGGCGGUUCACGGAUGCUUCCCGUACGUUGGAUGGCUCCAGAGAGUGUGAAAUACGGACGUUUCACAUCAGAAUCUGAUGUCUGGUCCUAUGGAGUGGUGCUGUGGGAGAUAUUUAGUUAUGGAAAGCAACCUUACUUUGGACAUUCUAAUGAAGAGGUUGUCACGUUCAUCAACUCCGGAAUUACACUUGAAAAACCAGAAUGGUGCCCUCCCACGAUAUAUAACAUCAUGUCAGGAUGUUGGAAACAGGAUCCACGUGACAGAUUAACGUUGAAGACUAUAUACAAGCAUCUAAUAGAUUAUAGUCACAGCUUAAUACGAAACGUCCACAUACAGCCAUCGGUAGACUGGGAUAGUGAACGAAUCUAUCUGAUAUGAUCAAUCUUAUAAAUGAUCUACCGUAUUUAUGAUUUACCCUAUAUAUGAUUUAUCUUACAUAAAUAUUCUGAUAUGAUAUAUUACGAGAAUCUCUGCUAUGACAACAUUUCUUGAAAAGGUUCGAAUAGAGAAAAUAAGUCAACCAAGAGCUGAUUUGGGCAAGCAGAAGCGAACAUGUUUACAAUACACAUCCACACACAUACACACACACUCAGGAAAGCACGCAUACACGCACACACACGCACACACACACACACACACACAGGUAUAUAUACUUAUAUUACACUUCAAAAAUCAGUAUG